CGAAUCUCAUAUGACGCAAGUUCACGCAAGUUCAGAACGCCAGCUGUUGCAAGUACAAGUACAAUUUUUAAUAUUUCGAUAGAAUAGUAAUCUGUUUAUUAUGCAACAUUCUUACAUUUCUAGCGAGGAAGAUGAAGCAGAACAUGAGGAAGAAGAUACUUGGCCUUCUGCAAAUCAUUCGAAAUCGCAGAAGAAGGAACUCGAUGAAUUUGAUUUAGCUUACGGUAGACAAUUGCAAUCCCCGAUACUUGGUUAUCAUUGUCAAUUUCCUGAUUUGCCAACAAGUUGCAUACCUCCCACAAUUCUGGAUACGUCUCUGCUACAUAUUCCCGUUUAUGCCCAUUUAAAAAUAUAUGAUCUGAAGCCUGUGCGGUUGCCGGAGGCACCAUCGAUCUUAUCGGCGUUGCAGCUGCAAUUUUCGGAAGGCACCGUACUCAGUAAAUCCUCGAGGGAAAUGUCGACCGCGCGAUUAAGCGAAGAAAAUGGUGUAUCCACUUUGUGCAACGCUCGAAACAAUAUAAAAAUUACGAAUAAAAAACAACGUGCGGAAAUGUAGGCUUAAAUACCAUGCAGCAUAAAUGAAAAAUAUAUUCCUAAAAAAUGCA